AUGAACAGGCAUCACGCCUUUACCAAUGGCUACGCCGCCAACAAGAAACGAGAUGACGACAUCUAUCGUCCAUACAGUGACCGCUCCGACCUCGAAAGCAAGUAUAUUUGGGGUCUGCCAGAUUUGGUCGAGGACGAGAAGGUGGAUUCUUCCUUUACACGAAAAUUCGAGCCUCGAAAACGAGCCCUCCACACCCGGUCUCGCCUGAUCCGGCUGGCCUUGAUUGUCCUGGUGACAUGCUCCCUAGCCUUCUACUUGUUCUUUCCCUCCGACUCCACUUUGUCGUUAUUGUCGAAUAAAUCGAGCCCUUCGUUUCAAUACGAUGAUAUCGAGACGCUGCGGUACUACGAUCUCGAAGAUGUCCAGGGAACGUCGGUGGGUUGGGAGAGGGAAGAACGUGUCCUCCUUUGCACCCCCCUGCGAGACGCCGCACCCCAUUUACCGAUGUUCUUCGCCCAUCUAAGAAACUUCACCUAUCCACAUCACCUCAUUGACCUAGCUUUUCUCGUUUCCGAUUCCAAGGAUAACACCGAAGAAUUGCUGUCCCAAAUGCUGGAAGCACUGCAAGCCGACCCGGAUCCUUCACAGCCGUAUGGCGAGAUUUCGGUGAUACACAAGGACUUUGGACAGGCCGUCGGUCAAGAUGUGGAAAGCAGACAUGGCUUUGCGGCUCAAGCCAGCCGAAGAAAGUUGAUGGCGCGGGCACGGAACUGGCUGCUCAGUGCGGCUCUGAGACCAUACCAUAGUUGGGUCUAUUGGCGUGAUGCAGACGUCGAGACGUGUCCAUUCACCAUUAUCGAGGAUCUCAUGCGGCAUGACAAGGAUGUAAUUGUGCCGAAUAUCUGGCGGCCCCUACCUGAUUGGCUGGGUGGUGAACAACCAUACGAUCUCAACUCGUGGCAAGAAUCCGAGACCGCCAUUGCCCUCGCCGAAUCACUGGACGAAGAUGCUGUCAUUGUUGAAGGCUAUGCAGAGUAUGCUACGUGGCGCCCUCAUCUGGCCUACCUCCGCGACCCCUACGGAGACCCUGACGUCGAGAUGGAACUGGACGGUGUUGGCGGAGUUUCUAUCCUCGCCAAAGCCCGGGUAUUCCGUGCUGGCGUACAUUUUCCGGCCUUCUCCUUCGAAAGGCACGCCGAGACAGAAGGGUUCGGAAAGAUGGCCCGACGCAUGGGAUUUUCUGUGGUAGGGCUUCCACAUUAUACCGUGUGGCAUUUGUACGAACCCUCGGUGGAUGACAUCCGGCACAUGGAGGAAAUGGAGCGUGAGAAACGGGAACGUGAAAAGCAGGAAACAGAAAACGCCGAACAGGUCAAGAAACUCGAAGACGAGUUCCAACAGGUGGGCUCUCAAUGGGAGGAGGACAAAGAAGCCAUGGCAGCCGUCGCCCCGAAGAAGGAAGGUGUGAAAUUGGUCAACAAGGGCGAGAAAAAGGCUCCUGCUGGUUAA